AUGCCAAAGAACCUCCUAACCGAUGCCAAAAAAGAAGAGCUACGAGCUCUUCUCAUGACUGGAGAAGCGUGGCGUGUUCAGCAGCUGGUCCAGAUUGACUUUCCCGGAUUCAACGCUUACGAGGUACUGAAGGAGCGCGUGCAGGAACGGCGAGACAAUCCCAAAUUCUGGGUGCAUCUCGAGUACAAGGAGAAAAGGGAACUGUCUUGGCGUGGGUUCCUCGGGCGCUGCAAAUGCUGCCGCUCUCUCCUCCCUUUCAAUUUCCACGAGACCUUUUCCUGCGGCCACCUGAGUUGCCCACACGAAGAUGCCAACUACUGUUUCUUAUGCGGUCCAUCAUUUGACCAACUGUGGGAGUUCCUGAAGCACGAAAAACAUCAACCUUCGAAGGUCGAGUGGCCUGAAAUACCGGAAAAAAUCUUCAACGCAACGCAAAUAGAGAACUUUGCGACAUCUGUUGUCCAGGCGCACAAGACAGCUGUCCAGCAGAUCCACAUCGAGGCUCUGGUGUCCUUCUCUUUGCAUCGAUCUUCGGCUGGCGUUACUUGGUUCCUUGAAUCCCACCGAGACCUUGUAGAUAUGGUAAAGAAGAGCAGAAACAGCACACCCUUAGAACUCGCUUGGAAUGCAGUUCAUUCGGCUGCAAAGGAGUUUGAGUUCCUCAGAAAAGCUCUCGAGACUGGACUACGGGGCAAGUCAGAGCAAUCGGACAACCUGAAAACAGUUGAAGGCUUUCUGUACACAAUAGCCUCACCCAUCGGCAAUAUGUUCGAAGUGUACUCGCUUCCGGAGUUUUCAGAACGCAUCCCUCUGCUUUCGCGCAAGAUCACUCGCACCGGUAUCUUGACCACAGACUUCACGGUUUACGACGAGAUCAAAGAGAGUGAUAAAGAACAGGACGAAUGGAAGCGCGGGUGCGAAGUUGUCCAGACGUGGAAGGCGAAGCUAAGCAGCGACAUUUCCGACAUCUGCUUGGUAUAUCCUCACUUUGGAGCAACUUUCUUGGAGCUCUCAAAGGAUCUAAAACUGCACGGCGACAUUCUCUCUUGUGCCACGAUUAUCAUGGGCUUGAAAGACUAUCUCGGCUCAGACAGAACAAGGUUGUACCUGGAGUCCCUGAGCACAGAGGAAGAAUAA